AUGGCUGACACGUCGGCCAAUGGUGCAGCGACGGCAGCUGCUACCGCCGCUAUUGGAUCUCCGUUGAAUAAACCUCCACAUUCGGCGAAGCCGAAACGGCCUAAUUAUAAUGUUAUCCAUGCAGACCCACUACCGGUCGUGCUGUAUCACUCUCCAACGUUGAUACCCCAUAAUCCUAUAUCUCUAUUACAUCAUCUUUAUCUUUACUUCUUCCCUCCGGUUCAAUCUCACAAAGUCACAUACAUCGGUGUCUUCUCCCCGGUUACAAUGUCCGUCGAGAUCAGGGAUCCUACUGCGGUAUUGGACCUAUGGAAUAAGGGGUUCUGGGGUAAAGGUAGCUUGAGCAGGAGUGAGCCUACAUGGCUUAACCGGGAGAUGCGACGAUUGGGUGAUACCCAAGUUGGGGAGACGUCCGAAGAAAUCACCCGACGUAGACGAGACCAGAGAAAAGAGAUGAAAAAGGAGAGGGCAAGGAAGGAGAAAGAAGAACUGCAAAAGAUUAAAGAGGCUGAGGCGAAGAAUAAUGAGGACACUGGAUCUGUAUCGAAUGGGAAACCUAUCAUUGCAGAUUCAAAGGUCGUUGUGGAGCUUGAGACGGAGAUAAAGGGACUUGAUGAGACUGUCACUGAACCCUCCCAUCCGAGCGUACCCACCGAGGAGGCAGGGUUGCCCACACCUCCACCGUCGUCUGACGAACUCAAUACUUCCGACGGCGAGUCGAAAACGGACAUUGUGAACAUUGGGUCCGAGACCCUACCCGUCUCAGUUCCGCCUACCUCUGAUUCGCCACCUGCUCAACCCGCAAAGGUCGUCCGCUUCGAUAGCAAUACCUCAACAAAGGAGAUUCCAGUUGAGAAGAAGGUUAUUGUUCAGAAUCAGGAACACUUGCAAUUGAUGCUUUCGGAGGCCUUUUUCCUGGCGUACGCUCUGGGUGUACUCUCCGUGACUACGGCAGAUUCUCCCAAGCCAUUAUCUCUCCCAGAGAUCUUCAAGCUCUUUCUGCGCCACUCGAUUUUCCCACCGCUUCCUGAAUCUUCCAUAUCCCUGACAAACUUCAACCCCGAUAACUCCUUCCUGAUCAACUAUGUGGUUUAUCAUCACUUCCGAUCGCUCGGUUGGGUCGUUAAGUCUGGUGUGAAGUUUUCAGUUGACUAUCUCCUUUACAAACGCGGCCCAGUGUUCUCGCACGCUGAGUUUGCUAUUCUGAUAAUACCCAGCUACAGUCGCUGGGAAGGAAAAGAGGAAAACGUCGGAAGAGAGUGGUACUGGUUGCAUAGUAUCACUCGUGUGAAUAGUCAGGUAAAAAAGACUGUUGUGCUGGUGUACGUCGAUGUUCCAACGGCCGAUGAAGUAAAAGGCUGGGAUUGCGAAACGGAUGGGUUGAAGACAGUUCUUGGGAAGUAUAGGAUCAGAGAAGUGGCGCUUAGAAGAUGGAUCCCAGGGAGGAAUAGAGAGUGA